AUGAUGGAGAAGGCAGAUUUUGUGCAGAAGCUGUAUAAGCGCAUGCAGUUUUUGAAAUUUCUGGAUCAGUUUGUGAUUGAGCCUACGGAUGGAUCUUCUGGUUCUUCUUUGACUGUUAGUUUGGGAUUUGGGAAGGUUGGUUCUGAAGUUGCUCACCGAGCCAAGGGGCUUGGUAUGAAUGUCAUUGCGCAUGACCCAUAUGCUCCUACUGACCGCGCUAGGGCCAUUGGUGUGGAACUAGUGAGCUUUGAUGAGGUCAUUUCUUCUAUGGAUUUCAUAUAUCUACAUAUGCCUCUCACAGCUACUACAUCUAAGAUUCUCAAUGAUGAGACUUUUGUAAAGAUGAAGAAAGGCGUUCGAAUCAUAAAUGUUGCUCGUGGAGGGGUCAUUGAUGAGGAUGCUCUUGUCAGGGCACUACAUUAUGGAAUUGUAGCUCAGGCGGAUCUUGAUGUUUUCACUGAGGAGCCACCACCCAAAGACAAUAAGUUGAUUCUUCAUGAGCUCGUUACUGCAACACCUCAUCUUGGUGCCAAUACCAUGGAAGCACAGGAAGGUGUGACUAUUGAAAUAGCAGAAGUUGUGGUUGGGGCUCUGAAUGCUGCUACUGCAGUUAAUGUACCAAUGGUUCCCUCUGAAACAAUUGGGAAAUGGGAAUACAGGUAA